AGUCUUAUUGAUAGUUAUGAAGGCAUUGAUGAGGAGGCAUUUUGUAUGUUGGACGAUGAAAUAAUAAAGGAGCUGAUUCCAAAAAUUGGUACCAGAAUGAAGUUUGCAAGGAAGUACCGCAAUCUACUACUAUGUAAUAGUCAUGAUAGUAGUCUUGGGAAUGUGACAGGAGGAUUAAAAACAUUAUUUAUCCACCUGCGGAUGUCGCAUGCACUAACCUAUGCUGGUAAGUAUUUUUUGUGUGCGCAAAAUGGAUGCCAGAGAACAUUUAGUGGUGUUUGGCCAUAUAAAAGACAUAUUGCGACGCACAUUGUGAAUGAGGACAGAGGUAAUGGAUCCCAAGAUGACUGCACUGGUAAUGCAAAUGUUGAAGCACGUGAUGACAUGGUCAUGGAUGAUGUCAUGGACGUAGAUGAUGAAGUGGGGACACAUGAAACAGUUCCAAAUGCAAAUGAAACCAUUCUAGAGCAACUUGACCUGUUUGCCAUAUCAUCAAAAUUUAUAAGUAGACUGAGAGCAAAGCCUAAUGUUCCCGCUGCAGCUCUCCAAACUGUUCUUGAGUGCACAACAGAGAUGUUCUCUGAAAUUCUUGAGUCACUGCUGGAACGUACCAAGAAACUUAUCCAUGAUCUCGGUGGUGAUGAAAAUAAGAAUGAGGAAGUGGCGGACCUCUGCCGGGAUUUUACCGACUGCUUUCAUCCAUUUGCUGGAUUGGAAACCAACUGGCUGCAGGUCAAGUAUUUUUUAAAUGCAGGCACAUACAUACCUCCAGUAAGCAUUCCGCUAGGUACAUCUUUUGACCCACAACCUCAUAAAAAGACUGGCAUUGUGCAUCAGAAGCAGAAAUUGGACACAUUCGAGUAUGUCCCCAUCGCUGAUACCUUGAAAGAAGUUCUGAAAGAUGACAUGCUCGAAGACAUUCGUGCGUACCGAACUAGGGAGCACGACGAUGGUGUUAUGGAGGACUUCCAAGAUGGGGAGUUCUACAAGACGCAUCCAGUUCUGAAGGAUCCAGACUCUAUAAACAUUUUGCUGUAUUUCGAUGAAGUGGAAACAACAAACCCGCUGUCCCCCAAGGCUGGCACGCAUAAACUUGGGAUGUUCUACUAUUCCCUGAAGGAUUUACAUCCAGUACUUCAGUCUUGCUUAGGAAGUAAGUUCCUUUUGGCCACUGUACUUUCAAGGCACAUUAAGCAUUAUGGAAUGGACGCAAUUCUAUCGCCCAUUGUGCACGACCUCAAACUACUUGAGUCGGAGGGAAUUUCUAUCGCUACCAGUGAAGGUGAGGCCAGAAUACGUGUGAUACUUGGCCAGACAACUGGCGAUAACCUUGGUUUGCAUAGUUUGCUUGGCUUUGUAGAGAGUUUUUCUGCAAACCAUCCCUGCAGAACAUGUUCCAUCGCAAGGGAAGAUGCCCAGUCUGCUACAACAGAAGAUGUAUCCCUGCUCAGGACUAAAGAAACGUAUGAAGAGGACUUGCAAGUUGAUGAUGUUUCCUUGACUGGUGUGAAGAGGGAUUCCAUUCUGAAUCGGCUCAAGUCGUUCCACGUAAUCGACAACUAUGCAUUUGAUAUAAUGCAUGACCUGUUGGAGGGUGUGUGCCUCAUAGAAGUAAAAUUGACUCUGCAAGCGUUGAUCAACCAGGAACUGAUCACACUCGAUGAGUUUAACAUUCGCCUUACCAGCUUCGACUACGGCCACACAGAGUUCACGAAUAAACCGUGUAUUGUGACAGAGGCAUCUCUUAACAGACCUCUUUCUGCAACAGGCCAGAAAGCCAUUCAGUCAUAUUUCCUGGUGAGAUACUUCCCUAUCCUCGUUGGCGACCGGGUCCCUGCAGACAACGAGAACUUACUACUGAUCAAGAUGCUGCUAGCCUGUAUGGAUGUAAUUUUUGCACCAAGUGUCAGCUUGGAUGAAACCGACUUCCUUGCCCGAUUGAUAGAUGAACAUCAUCAGCAAUUUCUUGCACUGUUCCCGGAACGACAUCUUCUUCCAAAACACCACCACAUGGUCCAUUAUCCAUCAGCAAUGAGAGCACUUGGCCCCCUUAUCAACUUUUCUAGCAUAAGGUUUGAGGGAAAACAUGGAUUUUUCAAACAAAUUGCUCAGAUCACGCGUAACUUCAAGAACAUUCCAAAGACAAUGGCCCGUCGACAUCAGAUGACACUGUCUGACCUGUUGCUAAACAACCAACUGCUGAAACUGAAACCAGUUGAAUGUGGGAAAGGCUCGCUGGCACCAUUGGCUGACUUCGCUCACUACCAACAGGUAAUAGUUGAGGAAAUCGGAGUUCCUCUGCAGGCUGAUGUAUUCUCUGCAUCAUUUGCAACUUCAUACGGUGUGAAAUAUCGACCAGGGAUGAUGGUAGCCUUAGAGAUAGAUCAAGACGGAAAUGUACAGUAUGGAAAGAUAGACUAUGUUGUUGUCAGUGAUGAAUUGGUCUAUGUCUGUGUCCAAUGUUGGCAAACCUUGUGGUUCGAUGACCAUUUUCACGCAUAUGCAAUUGAAUGUUCAGACCCUUCACAUGUCGAAUGCCUAUCAGUUCGAAAUCUCCUCGAUUACCAUCCCUUCCAUGCUAUCAAAUCUUAUGUCGAUGACAACUACCAUUAUAUCAUUCCUAGACACCGCUAAAACUGGUAUGUAUACAAUUUUAAUAUGUGAAGCAGAUGAGAAAGAAGUAUUUUGAAAAGCACAUUUCAUUCUAUUUUGUAAGUACAUGUUCUACACAAUGCAUCAACAUGUACACCAGGAUUAGUAUUAAAGUUUUGACUACACUAGGUUUAUAUCUACUCACUAUUAAGUAUGCAGUGAAGGAACACCUGGCUUCGCAAAUAAUAAUA